AAUACGGCGAUCGGGAACAUCCGUGGUAGUCAGUGCAUUGGGCCCAAAUGAGAGAUGAUUGGUUCUGAUCACAACAUUUCGAUUGUGUCAUGGGGUGGCUUGGACCUGAGUUCAAGACAUCAGAUAAGGUGCCUGCAAGAUGACGUUCCCUGACUCAACAUCCCAGAUCCUCUCACCAGUGGACCACACUGUCCCCAAGGUGUAUUUCACGUUUUAUCUCUCCUUCUUCUUAGACAAUCCACAGGCAGGCGUUGAGUCUAUCCAGAAAGGUCUCACCACUUUGGUCAGCCGUAUCCCAUUUCUGGCAAAAGACGUGGCACCUUGCUCCGAUGAGAAUCAUGACAAUGUCCACUGUAUCCAACCUCCGUCGGCUGCCUCACAGUUCAUACCUAUGCUUCGGAUCAGGUAUCACCUGAACGAGUCCGUUCGUGUGAUGACGGACACUGCAUCAUGUACCGCAGUCGAGGAUCUACAGUUCUCCAAACGAUAUGCCCCAUUGCCGACAGUGAUGAACCCCAAAGAAAGCCAGCCCAUCAUCCGAUUUGUGGCAAAUGUCAUGAUUGACGGGGUUAUUCUUGGGCUCAGUUUCAACCACAUGGCCGCAGAUGGCACGGGCAUCGGAGAAGUUCUCGAGAUCCUGUCUCGAUGCUGUCGGAAUGAUUAUGACCCACUGUCUCUCCAUCGGCUUGAAUUGCAACUACGCUGUCAAUUAUCCUCGCCCAGUAUUGCUGGAAAGCAGCCGCUGAAAAACUUUUCGGAAACUUACAGCAAGGAGGGGACCUUCCAUUGUCUAGCACCGGAUACGUGGCCUACGGCUAUUACCUCGAUGGCAUCCGUCUUGAACACUUUUCGAUUCAAGUUUACCAGCCAAAAGGCCAAGAUGUUGAAAGACGUCUGUACUUCCAUCUUAUCACAGACAGACGACGCGUCGAGCAAAGAGUCCCCGCAUUUUCUAUCCUGUAACGAUGUGCUCACUGCCCUACUCACCAUCUGCCUACGGCAGAGUCAGGGCGCCAAACUGAGGGACGAUGAGGACUUUACCGUCGCAUUUGUCGCGAAUGUCCGUUCACGGAUGGAUCCCCCAUGGCCCGACCACUACAUUGGGGUUCUGCUCACCAUGGUGCUUGUGGCUCAGUCUUCGAUGGUCAAUCUAGUAGACGAGCAGAAAGCGAGCAUCGCCGCGAGAGAUCUCGGCAUUGAUAAAGACGAGCUAGUGCGAAUCACCAACCUCGCUGCGAACAUGCGCCAGAAAUUAUUGGGUGUCGAUGACCAGUACGUCCGCAGCCUGCUCGCCUACAUGCAACAGCAACGCGACUGGAGUCAGAUGAACAUCAAGGGAGGGGAUGUCUCCUAUUCCAGCAUCAGACACUUGAAGGUCUAUGACCUAGACUUUGGGCCAAGCUUGGGGAAGAUCACCGAUUUCCGAUUGUAUUUCGCAUUGCUCGAUGACUUCUGCCUUCUACUGCCUGCGGCACCGGGAGGAGGGGAUUGGGACAUGCAACUUAGCAUCAACCCAAGCCAUCAGCAGGCGUUGAUGGAGAACGGACUGUUCCGGUGGGCGCUGAGUGAAUAUAGCAGCGCUCCUGGUCAUGACAAGGAGUCUGAUCAUGUACGGCUACCGAUGGCAGCUCUUGGAGGAGUAUGAUAUUUCAACGACGGCCUUUCUGCUAUUGGACGGCAAACAUCUGAAGUCGUAGGAGACUGACAGGUGGUGUGCAUGCAGUGAGUCUGCACCCAUGCAGUGUAGUUACAGCGAGCUAGUGCAGGGCAGACCAGUGACGUCAGCCAUGAGUCCACAUGCCGGACCCACUGGCUUCAGCCUUGU